AUGACUUGGUCCGGCUAUUCGGCUCAACCAGUUUGGCCCAGUUCUCCGUGCGAAGCCCGUGAAAUUGAGCGACUGAGUAUAUCAAACAAGACUGAACCCUCCAAUUCAAGCCCGAGAUUCUGUUCCUUCAGCGAUUCGGUAUACCAUACCGCCGAGAGUGACAGUAUCUGGCGCAAGGCCUACGGGAUUGUACGUGUGGUGCGAGAUGAUACUGUCAGGGACAGCGUACCUCUUCCAGAAAAGUUAUCUGCAGCAAUUGUAGGGAUGAACGCUUCGGGGAAGCUCUCUUUCCUUGAUGGCGAAUAA